AUGUACUCCAGCGGCUCAAUUCGUCUGCUUCGUCGCCUAUCCCCCAAGGUUCUCACCCCCAGACCGUUUAUCAUACCAGGAUUCCAUAGAACCAUAGCAACCAUGGCCCAUGCCACCGAGACAUCCACGUAUAAGCUGAAUCCGCCUGCAUAGAAUUGCUUACUGACCAUGGUAUGAUUAUUGCCGGGAUGCAGAUACCAUGAUUCGGGUGAAGGACCCGAAACGUUCCAUCGAGUUCUACAAAUUUCUCGGCCUAAGCCAGAUCCGCCAACUGGACUUCCCGGAAAACAAGUUCUCCCUUUACUUCCUUGCCUACGACGGUCCUGCGUCUCUCCAGGGCGACCGUCACUGGACGGACCGCAACGGCGUCCUGGAACUCACCCACAACUAUGGCACUGAGAACGACCCCAAUUAUAGCAUCGUCAACGGCAACACCGAACCCUAUCGAGGCUUCGGGCACAUCGCCGUCUCCGUUGACAACAUUGAGGUCGCCUGCAAGAGACUCGAGGACGCUGGCUACCCCUUCCAGAAGAAACUCACCGAGGGUCGGAUGAGAAAUAUUGCUUUUGUCAAGGAUCCCGAUGGCUACUGGGUGGAAAUCAUCCGUCGCUAUGAUGAGGAUCAAGGAACGGCCACAGACCCAUCCAGUUACCGGCUCAAUCACACGAUGCUUCGAGUCAAGUCGGCCGAAACGAGUCUGAAGUUCUACCAGGAAGUUCUUGGCAUGAAAUUGCUCCGAACCAGUGAAAACCCCAGUGGUGGCUUUAACUUGUACUUCCUGGGAUACCCCAACUCCAACCCCAGCGUCAAAGAAGAUGCACGGAACCCCGUUGCCGAAUGGGAAGGUCUCCUGGAGCUGACCUGGAACUACGGUACUGAGAAGCAAGAGGGCAAGGUGUAUCACGAUGGCAACUCGCAGCCGCAAGGAUUUGGCCACAUCUGCGUCUCUGUCGACAACCUGGACGCAGCCUGCGCUCGUUUCGAGUCCCUGAAUGUCAACUGGAAGAAGCGUCUUACUGACGGUCGGAUGAAGAAUGUUGCCUUUGUUCUUGACCCCGACGGCUACUGGAUUGAGGUGAUCCAGAACGAAUCCUUGAAGCGGACCAGCAAUUGGUAACCUAGCCGAUUAGACCGAUGAUUUGGAAGGGCUUUCAAUGAGAAAAUAUAUCCGUCAAGUGAACGACUUUCCAUGGCGUUUUACUGUAUAUGGCUGUAGACUAGCAGUUGUAACACUAUUGUAU